AUGUUCUCGAGCCGGCCUUCAGUGCAUCCGGUGGAGGCUCCACCUCUCACUGAUGUAACUGAGAACCACCCGCCUAGGGUUAGAAUGAAGGACAUUCAGGGCAUGCCGGGGACUUCUGGUGGCCUUGCCCUUCGUUUUUUUCAAUUCAUGUUUGCUGCGGCGGCUUUGGGCGUGAUGGUCUCCGCCAAUGAUUUUAGCUCCGUCACUUCCUUCCGAUAUCUGGUAGCAGCAGCAAUCUUGCAAAGCUUAUGGAGCCUUUCCUUAGCUUUACUUGAUGUAUACGCACUACUGGUUAAGCGCAGCUUGCGAAAUCCAUUGGUCAACGUAUUAUUUGCUAUUGGAGAUGGGAUCACUUCGACACUCACAUUUGCAGCAGCUUGUGCAUCAGCAGGCAUAACAGUUUUGAUUGGCAAUGAUCUCAACAUCUGUUCACAGAACCAUUGUACAACCUUUGAAACUGCAACUGCCAUGGCUUUCAUCAGUUGGUUUGCCGUGUCUCCUUCUUUCCUCCUCAAUUUCUGGUCAUUGGCAUCAAGAUGAGUUUUUCCCCUUCUUUUCAGGUUUAUCCCCGGUGAUUAUUCAUGUAAGCUGGACCUUGCGACAAACAAUUUUGCUGUAGGUUGAAUUUGAUGUUGUGACCAGCAGCAUCUGUAGAUACACGCAUCCAACACCCUGAAAGAGUGAAUUGAUUCCUUGUACAAUGUGAGAAGAUCUAGGCUUCGUUUGGGACGGCUUCUUACUGCUUCUUAAAGCAGUCUUUUAGUAUAAAAAUUAAAAGGUGUUUUAAGAAGCAAUAAAAAAGCUGUCCCAAACGAAGUCCUAGUAGAACUCAGUAUGCUUUACUGGCUCUCACAUUCUGCUUGGUUGGGACCAAAAACUAUAUUUAAAAAAAAUUCAUUGAUGUCAUCUGUAAUGUAUUCAACUUUUACCCCACUUUGUAUGGUUUCCAAAGAGUAAAGUGUUUGGUAGUUUUCAUGUGUGUUUAUUAUUAUUAUUUUUUUGCCUGUAUACUCUGAUGGCAAGUACUUGCAAAUACUGGAAAAGAGGAAAAUUGAGUGAAAAAUGCAGCUGCUAAUUAAAAUUGUUUGUUCUAAAA